CGGAAUCGUGUAGCCGCCCCGCCGGGCUCCGGCCCCACGAUGGCCGCGGCCCGCCCGGGGGCGCCCCAGCCGCUGCUCCCGGUGGUGUUGCUGCUUCUGCUGCCGGGCGGCUGCCGCGCAUUGGAAGAAACUCUGAUGGAUACGAAGUGGGUGACGUCUGAGUUGGCGUGGACGGCUCAUCCGGAGACUGGGUGGGAAGAAGUCAGCGGCUACGACGAGGCCAUGAACCCAAUCCGGACGUAUCAGGUGUGCAACGUGCAAGAAAUGAACCAGAACAACUGGCUGCGCACCCAGUUCAUCGAGCGCCACGACGUCCAGCGCGUCUACGUGGAGCUGAAAUUCACGGUGCGCGACUGCAACAGCAUCCCCAACAUCCCCGGCUCUUGCAAAGAGACCUUCAACCUCUUCUACUACGAGUCGGACACGGACUCUGCCUCUGCCUCCAGCCCCUUCUGGAUGGAAAACCCUUACGUCAAAGUGGAUACAAUUGCCCCCGACGAGAGCUUCUCGAAGCUGGAGUCCGGCCGGAUGAACACCAAGGUGCGCAGCUUCGGGCCCCUUUCCAAGAAUGGCUUCUACUUGGCUUUCCAGGACCUGGGAGCUUGCAUGUCGCUCAUCUCCGUCCGUGCCUUCUACAAAAAGUGCUCCAGCACAAUCGCUGGCUUUGCCGUUUUCCCCGAGACCUUGACUGGAGCGGAGCCGACCUCCUUGGUCAUUGCUCCAGGCACCUGCAUCCCCAAUGCGGUGGAAGUGUCCGUGCCCUUGAAACUCUACUGUAAUGGCGACGGGGAGUGGAUGGUACCCGUGGGAGCUUGCACCUGUGCUGCUGGGUACGAACCGGCUAUGAAGGAGACUCAGUGCCUAGCCUGUGGACCAGGCACCUUCAAGUCAAAGCAGGGGGAAAGUCGGUGCACCCCUUGCCCUCCCAACAGUCGGACAAGCUCCGGGGCAGCUACUCUCUGCAUGUGCCAGAACAACUAUUUCCGCUCAGACACAGAUCCACCCGACAGUGCCUGCACCAGUGUCCCGUCGGCCCCGCGCAGCGUCAUCUCCAACGUGAACGAGACGUCCCUGGUUCUGGAGUGGAGCGAGCCCCGCGACUCCGGGGGCCGGGAGGACCUGCUCUACAACGUCAUCUGCAAGAAGUGCAGCGUGGAGCGGCGGCUGUGCAUGCGCUGCGACGACAACGUGGAGUUUGUCCCCCGCCAACUCGGCCUGACCGAGAGGCACAUUUACAUCAGCAACCUCAUGGCUCACACGCAGUACACCUUCGAGAUCCAGGCCGUCAACGGGGUCUCGAGCAAGAGCCUCCAGAACCCCCAGUUUGCCUCUGUCAACAUCACCACCAACCAGGCAGCUCCUUCAGCAGUUCCCACAAUGCAUCUGCACGGCAGCACGGGAAGCAGCAUGACUCUUUCCUGGGAGCCACCCAAACAGCCCAACGGGAUCAUCCUGGACUACGAGAUAAAGUACUUUGAGAAGCAGGAGCAGAGCGACGGCAUCGCCAACACCGUCACCAGCCAGAAGAACAACGUGCGCUUGGAAGGGCUGAAGCCCAACUCUGCCUACAUGGUGCAGGUCCGGGCGCGCACGGUGGCUGGCUAUGGGAUGUACAGCCUCCCCAUGGAGUUUCGGACGCCAGUGGAGGACGGCUCCAGUAGCAAGAGCUUCCAGGAACUGCCUCUUAUCGUGGGGUCGGCUACCGCAGGCCUGGUCUUUGUGAUUGCGGUCGUGGUGAUAGCCAUUGUCUGCUUCAGGAAGCAACAAAACAACGCAGACUCGGAGUAUACGGAGAAGCUGCAGCAAUACAUCACUCCAGGGAUGAAGGUUUAUAUCGACCCUUUCACUUACGAGGACCCCAAUGAAGCUGUCCGGGAGUUUGCCAAGGAAAUCGACAUUUCAUGCGUGAAAAUCGAGGAGGUGAUUGGAGCAGGUGAAUUCGGAGAAGUCUGCCGGGGUCGCCUCAAGCUUCCAGGCAGGAGGGAGAUCUUUGUGGCCAUCAAAACACUGAAAGUGGGCUACACGGACCGGCAGAGGCGAGACUUCCUGAGCGAGGCCAGCAUCAUGGGGCAGUUUGACCACCCCAACAUCAUUCACCUGGAGGGGGUGGUCACCAAGAGCCGACCCGUCAUGAUCGUCACGGAGUUCAUGGAGAACUGCGCCCUCGACUCCUUCCUGCGGCUGAAUGACGGGCAGUUCACGGUGAUCCAGCUGGUUGGCAUGCUUCGCGGCAUCGCCGCUGGCAUGAAGUACCUGUCUGAGAUGAACUAUGUGCACCGGGACCUGGCAGCCCGCAACAUCUUGGUCAACAGCAACCUGGUGUGCAAAGUGUCCGACUUUGGGCUCUCGCGCUUCUUGGAGGACGACCCCGCGGACCCCACCUACACCAGCUCACUGUGUCUCUUCCCGCAGGGCGGCAAGAUCCCGAUCCGGUGGACCGCCCCGGAAGCCAUCGCCUACCGCAAGUUCACCUCUGCCAGCGACGUGUGGAGCUACGGGAUCGUCAUGUGGGAGGUGAUGUCCUACGGCGAAAGACCUUACUGGGAUAUGUCCAACCAGGAUGUGAUCAACGCCGUGGAGCAGGACUACCGCCUUCCACCGCCCAUGGACUGCCCCACGGCGCUGCACCAGCUCAUGCUGGACUGCUGGGUGCGCGACCGCAACCUCCGGCCCAAGUUCUCUCAGAUCGUGAACACGCUCGACAAGCUGAUCCGCAACGCGGCCAGCCUGAAGGUCAUCGCCAGCGUGCAGUCUGGCGUUUCCCAGCCCCUCCUGGACCGCACCGUGCCGGAUUACACCACCUUCACGACUGUGGGCGACUGGCUCGACGCCAUCAAAAUGGGGCGGUACAAGGAGAACUUCGUCAACGCAGGAUUCGCCUCCUUCGACCUGGUAGCCCAGAUGACAGCCGAGGACUUGCUCAGGAUAGGAGUGACGCUAGCAGGACACCAGAAGAAGAUUCUGAGCAGCAUACAGGACAUGAGGUUACAAAUGAACCAGACGUUGCCGGUUCAGGUUUGACCGCUGAGGACUCUGGCUUGGAAUGGACCCGACGGGGGAACCUCCCUGGGAUUCUAGUUUGUGGUGCUGCCCAGCUUCCUGAGUGUGGGGCGGGGAGAGGUGUCGUUCUCUCUCCACCCCACAACCCUCCCCCCAUAUUUUUGCGUGGAGCCUAUUGGCUUGUC